AUGCCUAUUCCCCUUGGUCAGAUGUUAAUGAUGAUGGUCCUGCUGCGCCAGCUGGCAGGGACUGGGACGCCCACCCAUCGUGGUCUUUUUCAACCACCACUACCCACCCUUCUGUCAUCUUCUCAAGGGCAUGUCUCCUUCCACUGCCUCAGUCGAGUGCCUGUUCGGGUGCCAACUGUCGGCUUCCAGAUCAUUAACAACUGGCCAAGAAGCCAACUACGGGUUCAACAAAGGAGACUAAGAAGACUCAGGUGGUUGUGGAAGAACUAACAGUAUGUGCUGACCUUUCACUUUGCCAUCCAGGAGAUUAAUAAAGACAGCCACCUACUCCCCAAUUUGUCUUUGGGCUUCCAGUUCUACAAUGCCUUUUCCAGUGACCAGUUCACCUUGUGGAGCACUCUGAGUUGGCUUUCUGGAGAUCACAUACUUCUCCCUAAUUACACUUGCCAGACACAAGAAAAAUCAGUUGCAAUUAUUGCUGGAAGUACAGCAGCAUUUUCUGCUGAAAUUGGAACACUGCUGGAGCUCUACAAAAUCCCACAGCUAACAUAUGGCCCCUUUGAUCCCAUGCUGAAUGACAAAGACCAGUUUCCAUCUCUCUAUCAGAUGGCUAUCAAUGAUAGUUCUCUAGUUUAUGGAAUGAUCUCCUUGUUGCUGCAUUUUGGCUGGACAUGGGUGGCACUCUUUGUAUCUGAUGAUAUGAAAGGAGAGUGGUUCCUUCAAGAUCUCAAAGAAGAGAUGGUUAAAAAAGGUCUCUGUGUGGCCUUCGAAGUGAAACUCCCUGCCACUAAGAGAAUGUUUGCAUCAACUGAUAUCAGUUUCAUGACCAGGCUCAGAAGUUCAUCUGCAAAUGUCCAUAUACUAUAUGGAGAAGUAAGGAGCCUCAUCAAUGUGGACAUUGCAGGACCGUACUUUUUAACCACAGGAAAGGUGUGGGUCAUGGCAGCAAAGUGGGAUAUUGUCGUACAUGAGACAUACCACAUGCUACAUUCUUUGCAUGGAGGCUUCUCAUUUUCUCCCCACAGGGGAGAAAUCCCUGGCUUCAAACAUUUCCUAAAGACAGUGAACCCUUCCCAGUACCCAGAAGACUUCUACCUCAGUAAACUGUGGCUCCACAUUUUUAACUGUUUACCUGAUGGGUCACUUUGUGGAAAAAUUGGAGUGUGCCCACCAAAUGCUUCCAUUGAGUUUUUCCCUGGAGACAUUGACAUGAUGACCAUAUCUGACUCCAGUUAUUUGGUCUACAAUGCAGUGUAUGCAGUUGCUCAUGUCCUCCAUAACAUGAUUUUGGAGAAAGCAGAAGCAGGAUCCCCAAGAGAUAUAGCCCAGCCUAUGCUUCUUCCCUGGCAGCUUCAUCCAUUUUUAAAGAAAAUAAAAUUUACUAACAGUGCUGGGGAUGACAUAUCCUUCCAUGAAUCAAGAGACCAUAUGGCACACUAUGAUGUCCAGAACAUUGGAAAUUUUCCUGGUGGUCUUCAGUUGUUGGUUAAAAUUGGAGAGUUUUCCUCCAAGAGUCUACAUGACCAAGUCUUGGUCAUCAGUGAAGAGAUGAUAGAAUGGCCUCUUGGAUUCAAAGAGAUUCCGAAAUCUGUGUGUAGCCAGAGCUGUGUUCCUGGAUUCAGAAAAGUGCCACAGGAAGGAAAACCUCUCUGCUGUUAUACAUGCAUUUUUUGUCCAGAGAGAGACAUUUCUAAUCAUACAGAUGCAGAGCAGUGUAUUCAGUGUUCAGAGGACGAGUACCCAAACAGUGAGAGAAAUCGCUGCCUCUCCAAGCUGGUGACCUUCUUAGCUUUUGAGGAAUCCAUUGGGAUGGCUCUGACCUGCAUGGCCCUGUGUUUCUCUGUCAUCACAGCUGCAGUUUUGGGUGUCUUCGUGAAGCAUCGAGAUACUCCCAUAGCCAAGGCCAAUAACCGGUCUCUCAGCUACAUCUUGCUCAUCUCCCUCCUCCUGUGCUUCCUCUGUUCCUUACUCUUCAUUGGCCGCCCCAACACAGCCACUUGUAUCCUCCAGCAAAUAACAUUUGGUCUUGUGUUCACAGUGGCUGUUUCCACCGUGCUGGCCAAAACAAUUAUUGUGAUUCUGGCCUUCAAGGUUAUGAAACCUGGAAGAACGAUGAGGCAGUUGCUGAUAUCAAGAGCUUCUAACUCUGUCAUCCCUAUCUGCUCCAUGAUCCAGCUGAUUUUUUGUGGUAUUUGGUUGGGAACUGCUCCUCCUUUUAUUGACAGAGAUGCACACUCUGAGCAUGGCCACAUCAUCAUUAUGUGCAACAAGGGCUCAGUCACUGCCUUCUACUGUGUCCUAGGAUACCUGGGCAUCUUGGCCAUGGGGAGCUUCACCGUGGCUUUCCUAUCCAGGAAUCUUCCUGACACAUUCAAUGAAGCCAAGUUCCUGACAUUCAGCAUGCUGGUGUUCUGCAGUGUCUGGGUCACCUUCCUCCCUGUCUACCACAGCACCAAAGGGAAGGUCAUGGUGGUUGUGGAGAUCUUCUCCAUCUUGGCCUCCAGUGUGGGGCUCCUUGGCUGCAUAUUUGUCCCCAAGUGCUACAUUAUUCUCAUGAGACCUGAGAUGAAUACUUUAAAAUAUUUUACCAACAGAAAAUGUUCUAAGAUAUUCUGA